AUGGCGGCCGCGGCUGGGUCGCGCCGCUCGAGGGGGGAGCCCCGGAGCCGCCCCCACCCGGGAGGGGCUUCCUCAACCGAGCGCCCGCCGCCGCCUGCUCUGCGUCCGCACGUGCGCGUCGGCCCCGGCCCCGGAAGCGGAAUCCCGGCGAAGGGGGCGGGCCUUCCGGGGGCGGGCGGAAGCGGGGUACCAGCGGCGGGAAGUUGGGCCGGUGCGAACGGGCAGAGACGCGUGUCCGGCCGCGCUGGCCGGAGAGCCUCCCCGGACAUGGUGCAGCUGCGGCUCUGCAGGGCGGGCGGCGGCCUGGCCGAGUGGGUGCUGGUGGAGCUGCAGGGCCACGUGGAGGCCCGCGACGGGGCCGGCCUGGCGGGGCGCUUGCUGGGGGACCUCCACUUCACCUGCCAGGGCAGGCCGGUGCUGCUGCUGGGCCACCACGUCCUGUACGGGAAGGCGGUGCGGCUGGAGAAGCCCCUGGCCGUCCUCACCAAGGCGGGCCAGGACCCCCACGCCCACUACGUGGCCCGCGCCCUCGUCCGCGAGAAGCUGCUCUUCAAGACCCGCCCGAAGCCCAUCAUCACCCACCUGCCCAAGAAGGCCUGAGCCGGACGGCGGAGAGCGCGGGACCCCCCCCCCCCCCGAACACACAGAGAGACACGCACGCGGGCACAGAGCCCUUCGCCCCCAAGCGGGAACGCAGAUCUUGGGCCUCCAAGAACCAGAGGCUGGAGACUCUGGCCUGGACCAGCCUGACGUGGACUGGCUCCUCUGCCAAGAGGAAACACAUCUGGACUUGCCUUGCCAGAGCGCUGCACCCCCCCCCCACACACACACACACACCUCUCAGGGCCUGGGGUGGCUGCCAAGCCUCUCACCCGUGCCAAGGAACCUCCCCAGAACCCAUUCUUGUGCCGCCAAGAGUGGCCAUGAAGCAGGCAGGAGGACUUUGGAGGGAGAGGAACCUGCUGGCAGGAAAGCCCAGGAGGCCCGUCUUUUCUUCCACUCUCUCCCUUUCCCAACAGCCCUCUCUCUGCUGCUCUUGGGAGCACCCGAGAGGACCCAAACAAGCACACAGCUGUCUUAACAAGAUAUUUUAUUGUAACAAACGUAGAAUACAAAAAAAAAAUCCUUGACAUUUUCAAAAAAUACAAAAAAGGUAUAAAAUAAAUAAGUUUACAAAUAA